UAUUAAAGGCAAACAUUACAGCUUUUGAAAUCGUUCAUGCUUGCUGGGGAAAAAUAAAUAAUUUACAAAUAUUGACGUAAUGUUUUUUAUAAGACAAAGUUAACUCAUUGAUAUCAAACAUCUUAUUGUCUUCAUUGUCAUUGAUCCCAACUAUUUGUAACAUUAAAUUUGUGCCCCAACAAUUUCAAGUGCUUCGUCCUCAAUCAAAUUAAAGAUUUAAAUAGAAAUGAAGUUUCUACUAUCAGAUGGUCGCAGAAUUCCUGCUGUUGGUCUUGGUACCUAUAAAAUGAAGGAUGAAGAAGUUAAAGAUAUUAUCGACUACGCUUUAUUGGAGGCUGGUUACCAACACAUUGAUGCAGCUUGGAUUUACGAAAAUGAACGUCCAAUUGGUCAAGCAGUUAACCGAAUUCUCGACUCAGGCAAAUUAAAGCGAGAAGAUAUUUGGAUAACAUCUAAAUGUUGGAAUGAUAGCCAUGAAAGAUCUCAAGUGAUGUCAGCCUGCAAAAGAAGUCUAGAAAAUUUAGGUCUUGAAUAUCUUGACCUUUACUUGGUUCAUUGGCCUAUGGGCUAUAGUAAUGAUCCUGAAUCUGGCCUUAAAAUCUCUGAUGUUGACUACUUAGAAACCUGGAAAGGUAUGGAAGACGUAUUCAGGGCUGGUUUAGCCAAAUCAAUUGGUGUCUCCAACUUCAACAUAGAUCAGCUUGAACGCUUACACGCAAACUGUAACAUUAAACCAGCUGUUAACCAAUUUGAGGUCCAUCCAUAUUUAAGCAACUGUGAGUUGGUUGAUUACUGUAAAUCCCAGAGUGUCCAUGUUACCGCUUAUACACCUAUUGGUAAAGGAGGAUCUUCAAAUUUAUCAAAGGACCCCGUUCUGGUACAAUUGUCAUAUAAAUACAAUAAAACGUGGGCUCAAAUUGCAUUGAGGUACAACAUUCAGAGAGGAAUUUCUGUGGUUCCAAAAACAUCAAAUAAAGACAGAUUGGUCGAGAAUAUUUCCAUUUUUGACUUUGAGCUGACCGGACCAGAAAUGGAUGCUAUCAGAGAUAUAGAUAGAGAGCAACGUAUGGUUACUUUUGAUGCUACCAAGAAUCAUCCUUUUUACCCCUUUGAGGAGCCAAAAGAUUGAUGAUGCUGUUUUUUCAUGAUUUUUUCAUCCUGUAUGAUAUUGAAAUUUUUUAAAAUCGAUCUGGAAUAGUGAAGAUUGUUGGUGAUUAUCGUUAUAAUUCAUUAUUAAUGAUAUUAAAAAAUCAAUUGUGUUCAUUGGAAUAAAAGCUUUUAAUUCUUA